AAUACGCGUGAAUCGCGCAAUAGAAUUUCUCCACGCGCCUAUCUCACUUAUUUCUCAGUUUCCUUUCUCCUUCUCCCACUCUUCUCCUCGCCGUUCUGCUCUCUCUCUUUCCAGUUACAGAGAUAGCUAAACGAUGAUGAUGAUGAUGAUGACGCAGGAAGAAUCAGAUCCCGAGAUAUAUAUUUACCAAAUUACCCUCACCGUUACCUCCUCCUAACUUCCUCUGCGUAGACGGUGACGUCCCCUUUCAUUCAUAUCUCAGACGUGUCGCCUUCCAAGCCAAGCAAGGAACCAAAGCAACCCUAAGCCUCCAAUAUUCUCUAAUCAUCAUCUUUUGCUUCUCUUCUCUCUUUUUCUUCUCCUUUAUAGCUCCGCUCUGCACUGCAUUUAAUUUAAUUUAAUAUAAUUCAUAAGCUGUUGUUGUUGCUGCUGCUUCAUAAUUGUUUUACCUGAUUUCCCUGGCUUUACGCUUCGCUUUUUUGUUUCGAUGUGCGUGUAUCCACCUGUUGUUAUGAUAUGAAGUUCGGUGGUGAUUGUUUCUUCUUUUCUCUUCUUCAUCUUCAUAUUCUUCUUCUUCUUCUACUUCUUCUUCCUUCUCUUCCACUUUCAUGGAAUCCCCUUUCUCAAGGUCCCUUUCAUUUUACUCUUACAUUUGCUUUUAAAUUAUUAUUUUAUUUUUGGGUUUUUUUGGGGAGAUUAAACGGUGUUUUUUGUUUGUUUGUGGGUUGUUGCGCAGUGAAUUGCGGUGAUUUUGGAGGUAAUUUGAGGUUUAAGCGUGGCUUAAUCAGUAAUUUUCAUGGGGAAAAGCGAUAAUGCCAAAUUUGUUUUUCCUUUAACUAGUCUCCAAAUUGGAGACUUGCAGUCUUAUCUUUCAGAUCUUAGCCUUUUUGUGGCACUUGAAAGUAAUAAAUUAUAUAUCCUGGUGGACAAUCGUCCAUGGUUGAGGAAUCUUGGUUCACGGCCAGCACACUUGUGGCAAUUGAUGGUUACCAAGUCCAGAUUAUCUCCCUUUGCUAAUACUAAAGCUCAAAGGGGGAGAAAAGAGGGAAAAGAGGCUUGUACUGAUCCCAGUCUUUCAAAAUCAAAGGAGUUUAAAAGAUGGUUCUCAUUGCUUGAUGCAACAAGUUUGUCUCGAAAAAGAGCUUUGCUGCCAGUGAAGAACUUACAGAAUUCUUUGUUUCUAAGCAAUGAGUUGCAUAGGACCCUAUAUGGUUUCAUUGUGUUUGAAGUUUCUUGGACCAAUGUUCGAGGUAUUAACUACUUGAAUGAGCUUCAGACAGACACGUCUCUGGCUCUCGAAUCUAAGAUUAUGCUGAGAUGGGAAUUUGAUAGCAUAGAGCAAGCUGCAAGUUGCAUAUCUUUGUGGUUCUCAGGAACAGUUUUUGAGCAGCUACAUUUGAAAGAGUAUCUAGAAUCUGCAGUGGGUGAGAUCUUUUAUGAUGCAAGAGAAAAUUUCUCGAGGACUAUUCCUAUUGAUGAUGAGGACCAUAUCUGCAAUGAUAGUCUGGGAGUUAAGGAUAUUUCUUUAUGCUGCCCAGGUGGCAGUUUUAGUGUACAUGGGACCAUGGAAAAUAGAGCAAGUGAUCCACACACUCCUCCUCUGUCAGGUCCAUAUAAGAGAAGAAGGGUAACCAAGUCCACUAGUACUGGAGUUCAAGUUGAUUUUUAUUCUGAGGAUAUUCAGGAUGAAAUUGAAGAUUUGUUGGACAACUCUGAGACCUCUACCAAUGAUUGUGAAAACACUGUUGAAGCUAAGGAGUACCAAGAUGUUUUGAUUUUGUUUAGGUUCAGUGAUCCUGAUCUUCCUUUUAAACUGAGGGAGAUAGUGAUGUCUGACCUACGGUUACUUACUUUAUUAGAGGCUGGACUUCCUUCAUGGGUCCUCUUUCUUCAGUCAUAUCCUGGGUUUUGCCAUCUUUAUCGCCCCUGGAUGUGCCCUUUAGCUAGAACUUUAUAUGUGCUGAUCUCAAUUGUCACUGUUCUUAUAGGAUUUUAUGAUUUAUACAAAAAUGUUCCAGUUCUCAAGGCAACUGCAUCUCGUUUGUGUGGACCACUUUUUGAUUGGGUAGAAACCUGGGAGAUGGUAUCAAGGAUCAAAUACUUGGGAACUAUGCUAUUUCUGCAUAACUUUCAAAAGGCUGUUACAUGGUUUUUAAUGGUCACUCGUAGCACUCGAUCUUUCUUUUCCAUGUUCACCCAACCACUGGUUGAACCAUUUAUGGAGAUUUCGGGCUUCCUCCUUCCAAUAUGGAAUCUGCUAAUUGAAGUGGUAGAGAGUUCUUGUUCUGUUGUUUGGGUCGUGACUGGAUCAUUUUUCAAUAUAGUCAUUGAUUUGGUAGAGCUUAUACUGUGGCCUUUAUGGGUUAUUUUCUCAAUGAUCUGGAGCAUUGCAACAACAAUUUUAUAUCCCAUUUUUUGGAUCCUCGGAGAGAUACUUUAUGCUCCAAUUCGGAUGGUCCUUGCCAUUGCCAGUUCUGUUGCCCUAAUUUGUGCUUGGAUAUCAGAAUUGAUUGUAGAUAUUUGGUUGUCUCUGAGUGGAAUAUUCCAGUUUGCUUCAGCAUCUGAGGCAACAAUGAGGACUUGUGAAGUUUCCAUUUGGCGGUCACUUUGGAAUGAUCUUUUUUCUCAGGUUUUUCGUGCACUCAGGAGUAUAUUGAAUGGUUUUGUUGCCUUCUUCACAGCCUGCAAUAGGCAUCGCCUUAGCAUUUAUAAUCACAUACAGGAUUUCAUCCAAAGAAUGUUUGGUGGAGCCCAGACAAUGCAGCCCUCAGGUCAUAGACAUAAUAGGCCAACACGUGCAAGUGGGACCCGCAGUCUGAAAAAUUGCAUGCAAAUUGUUAUUAUUGCUGGCUGGUGAUGGCCAGGGAUGACCGGUGAUGUUACUAGUGGGUAUGUUUCUAUGCAUUCCAAUUAAAGGUUCAUCUGCUUUCAGUAUGUUUGACAUAGUCUGCAAAAACGAUUUAGUCUCUUAGAAUAUGGAUUUAGUUUCCCUUUGACCCUGCUUUCUGUGAAACAUUGUUGCCUUAAAUGACUGUUCUUUUUCGCAAGGUUCUAAGAAUACAAUCUAAUUUCGGAAUGCACACACCAAGAAAGGAAAGCACAUCCAGAAUGAAACAAUGGGAGGUUGUUAAAACUGGAUUUUGCAUAGUUUAAAUUUAAAAAAAAAAAGGGGUUUUCCCUGAUCGUCCUUGUGAGUAG